AUGUACAACGCGGACGCAUCACCCACACCGCCAUCCAGGAACAAGUCGUCUCAAUACCGCCUCUCGCGCAAGUCUCUCUCAUCUAUCGCUGCAGCUGCUGCCAAGUCGGCGCAAACGGACGAUGCUAGUGAUGCGGACGACGCGGCAGUCCCUGCGAACGGUGGAACGGUCAAGACACUCUACGCUACGCCGUAUAGCACGCUGAACAACAAGCAGAAGCUCAGCAGUUCGCCACCGACCGCUUCUGACGUCGUGUCGAGCAAGACGGACGGCGCCGCUGGGGGAGCAGGAGGUAGCGGCUUCUUGUCGAACUGGAUGCGCUCCAAGUCGAAAGCCACCGCGGCACAAAGUGGGAAAGGUCACACCAAGCGACAGUCAAUCAAGAGCAUUGAAGUGUUUCAGGCUAGCGAUCAGGAAGAAGACUCGGACAUCUCAGAUAGCGCCGCGGGCCGUUUUGCUUUCCCUUCUUCCUCUACACGGAGAAAGAGCGGAUUGGCACACAACACGCCUCCACGUAAUGUUCUCUCCGCAGCAUCAACGGCGCGCGACAGACAGCGGGUUGACUCGACCAUGAGCCUCAACGCUCCGAGUGUCUACCACACGCCGCGCGGGAGUACAUUUUUCAGUGUGAGUCCCACGCCCCGGACCACGCUGGGCGUUCCCAGUCGGAAAAGCGGGCAGACUGGCGACGAUGGGAGCGUCAAGCAUCUCAGUGUGGCGGGAUCGUCGUCGAGUUUGCAGUCGGACGAGCAGUCGCGAUCGGAGAGAGGAGGAGGAGGGGGAGGAGCAGGGUUGAAGCACAAACCGAGCAUCGCGUCAUCUUCGCUCUCUGUGGCUACUGUGAAGCCCACCCAACAACCGGGGCAGAGCACGCUCAAAGCGCCGAAAUCCAUAAACGACCUCUUCCAGCCACAGCCGUCUCCACCCGCAUCCCCACCAGCGCCACAGACACCGUCGACAAUCUCGCUCCCCAUCGACACUCCCGCCCCCGUUCCCCCCACGUCGAGUGGCGACAUCGAACAGGGCUUCACGCUCUUCUACACGUCGGCGAAAACGUCGCACAACAUCGACCGCAUGUUCACCCAUAUCCUCCAGCGCGUCGUGGCGUCGACGGCGUUCGACGAGGCACAGAGCGCGCAGAACGAGACCCCCGCCCAGCGCGAGGAGCGCAUGCACAGGGAGGACGAGCUGAUGCGCAGGACGAUCCGGUUGGCGUCCGGGAAGAACCCCAACGACCGGCGGUGGUUUGGCUGCUGCUGA